AUGGCAAGCGGAGUAGCAGUGUUCAGGUGGGCGCUUAUCGCCUUUUUGUGUGCGCCAAAAUGUUCAGCAACAGGUGAAACAGUAGUUGAUCUAUCGAAUGCUUUUGACAGUGUGAACUCAACAUCAAAUCACAACAAAACCGGUUCGGAUCUAUCUUCACGUGUGCGGAGGUAUGCUACAGAAGCGCUAGAUCUCAUAGGUAACGAGGAGGUCGACAACCAGUACGAGCCUGAAGAGAUUGAGGAUGCGGCAGACAGGCGUAACCCAAGGUUUCGUGUUGCGCACCUGAUCAAAAAACGUUCAACAUCAAAAAACGAGGAAUCAGAUGACACCCUGAUCAAAAAUCGUCCAACUCUAUCACGACUACCACGAGAAGCUGAAGAAUUGGAUGAUCCCCUCAUCAAAAAUCGUUCUACUCUAUCACGACUACCACGAGAAGCUGAGGAAUUGGAUGAUCUCCUCAUCAAAAAUCGUUCACGAAGACCUCGGGAAGCUGAGGAAUCAGAUGAUCUCCUAACUGAGGAUACGGAACCUGGAGCAUCUGAGGUACACGCUGAUCAAACCCCGGCAGCCUCCCACAAACAUCACAGCCACCAUUUCAAGAAAGGAGGAGGACACAAACAUAAAUCAGAGCAUCAUUCCAAACAUGGUAAGAAGGGUGAUAAGGGUUACAAAACUCACCAUCAUUUCGAUAAAGGUGACAAAGGUAAACAUCACAAGGACAAACACAGUGGUUUCUAUAGUGAUCAUGGUGGUCAUAAGAAGAAACACCAUGAUGAAGCUGAGAAGUAUGGACAUCAUCAUAAGGGAGAAAAAGGGCACAAGGAAGCGAAGUAUGGUGAGAAAGGUGGUCACAAAAAGGGACACAAAACUAAAGGAUAUCACAACAAAUUCCACAAGGAUGAAUAUCACAAGGAACACAAGUUCUACGACGACUUCCAUAAGGGAGGACACCACAGCAAACACGGGGCGUUCCACGGACACCACGGGAAGAAAUCCGGACACCACAAGAAGGGCGGUCACCACAAGUCUGGAUACCACGACGACCACCACGGAAAGAAGGGACACCACCAUAAGGGCCACUACGAGGAUGAACAUAAGGGACAUAAGGGACACAAGGGACAUGAGGAACAUCACUCGCACAAGUCUGACUACGGCAAGAAGGGCGGACAUAAGGGAGGCAAGAAGUACGGCUACAAGAAGGGUCACCAUUGAGCUCCAAGGAAUGUCUUGUUUCGUGUUGGGUAGUUCUGACAGGAGUGAAAGUGUUUGGGAUGCAGAUCUAA